AUGGCCAGGAGAGAACGGCUGAUCCAAGCGACGGUGACCCUACUAGUCCUAGCGACGUGGUUAUGCCAGAGCUCGUCGGCCGUAGCCGUGCCUGCGCCGCCGCCACCACAACCACACCCAAAAAACAUCACAUGCGUCCCCGGCGAGCGGGAUGCGCUUCUCGCCUUCAAGGCCGGCCUCACCGACCCGAACAACUACCUUUCGUCAUGGCGGGUCGAGGAGGACUGCUGCUGGUGGACGGGUGUCGAGUGCAGCUACCGGAUCGAUCACGUUGUCAGCCUUCAUGUCAACAGCGAUACCGACUUGUAUGGUGAAAUCAUGCCCGGAGCCAUUGGAGGUCAGAUAAGCUCCUCCUUGCUCACUCUACGACAUCUCAAGUACCUGGACCUCUCGUACAACAAUUUCAGUGGUAGUCCCAUCCCGGAGUUCAUCGGGGGUCUUAGGAGCCUUAAACAUCUCGCCCUCACCAGCUCGUCUUUCGAUGGGCGAAUCCCUCCCCACCUCGGGAACCUCUCCAAUCUAGUCAGCCUUGACCUCUCAUUUCAGUCACAUGGUUUUUGCUCGCCUGAUCUCGCAUGGUUGUCGCGCCUGCGGAAGCUACAAUAUCUCAACAUAUCUGAGGUGGACCUCAGCGCUAACGUUAACUGGACUCAUGUUGUCAACAUGCUCCCCUCCUUGAUAACCCUUGAACUAGCUGCUUGUGGGCUCCAAAACACUAUGACAUUGCCGUUGCACUCCAACCUCACAUCAUUAGAUACACUCGACCUCGAGUCCAACUCAUUUAACUCAUCCUUUGGAGCCAACUACUUGGCUUGGGAUCUACCUAUGCUCACAUACCUUGAUCUGAGUAACUGCGGGAUCCAGGGUGGCGAUGUGGGAAACCUGACCUCCAUUCAAUUGUUGAGCCUUAGCAGAAACAACUUCUCCCGCAUGGUGCCAUCGACCUUCAAGAAACUAAAGAAACUACAACUGCUCCAACUAUCAGAGAACUUCAUUAGUGGGGACAUAGAAGACCUAUUUCAUAGACUGCCAACAAAUGAGUUACAAGAGUUGGACUUGGGUAAUAACAAACUAUCCGGAGAGAUACCUGUUGGUAUACAGGAACUCACAAAUUUGGAGGAAUUAUGGUUAGACUCAAACAACCUACAUGGUAUAGUUACCGAAGACCAUUUCAUAAACAUGACCAGGCAGAUUCCUCAUGAAAUCGGCAUGCUCGUCGCAUUGAAAAACUUGAACUUGUCUUGGAAUCAUCUCAGCAGCGCAAUUCCUCAAACGAUUGGAACCAUACCAUUUGGAAAUCAGUUAAGAACUCUGGACGACCAGCCAUCCAUCUACAUUGGUAACCCAGGUCUAUGUGGUCCACCUGUCUCAAGGAACUGUUCACAAACUGAAACCACUACACCGGCUCCUGAAGACUAG